CGAGAUUAUCGUCGUCGUGACUAUAAAACCCUAGAAUUAUAUAGCAAUUGCUACAUCUCUCUCUGCGGUUUCUCUCAAUCGGCAGAUCUCUCUCUGUGAUCGAUCCUCCUCUCAGCGCUCGAUCUUCGACGCUUUUGAUCUCGUUUUAUUGUGAUCUAAUUAAUUUCUGCUAUUUCUCAUAUUAACGCUCUAAUCUUGUGUGUGUGUUUGUUUGCAGGGGACUUGUUAGUUUUAUUCGAGCACAUUUCAUCUUCUCUAUUCCUCAUUUCUCUGUCAUUUCUCUCUCGCUCUAUAUAAAUCUUAAUUGCAAUUGUUGUAAUAUUUCUUAAUUGUAUAUUUUUGUUAUUAUUAACCCAAUGGUUGCAGGAUUGAUGAACUCUGCUUCUUCUAUUAAGUCCCGGUCUCGAUGCCCUCCUCUUCAGGAGCAGUAUCCUCAAAGAAAAACUUCUCGAGAAAAUCUCGACAGGUUCAUCCCUAAUAGAUCUGCAAUGGAUUUUGACUAUGCACACUUCAUGGUGACGGAAGGGUUGAAAGGUAAGGGAAGUCCAGAACCGGCCAGCUCACCCUCCAGGGAGGCAUAUAGAAAGAAGUUAGCAGAGAUCUUCAACAUGAACAGGACACGGAUUCUUGCUUUUAAGAACAAACCACAUACCCCUGUGGAUGGUGGCUUUCCGGAUGAGUCCUGUUCUACUUCUUACCAAACCAAACCUAUUAAACCCCGUCGGCACAUUCCACAGACGUCAGAGAGGACAUUGGAUGCUCCAGAUAUAUUGGAUGAUUACUACUUGAAUCUUUUAGAUUGGGGAAGCAGCAAUGUUGUCUCUGUUGCUCUAGGCAACACGGUUUACCUGUGGGAUGCGGCUGAUGGUAGCACUUCUGAACUUGUCACAAUUGGUGAUGAUGUUGGUCCUGUUACAAGUGUGAAAUGGGCCCCAGAUGGAAGACACAUUGCUCUUGGAUUCAAUAAUUCUCAUGUUCAGCUUUGGGAUUCCACUUCUAACCGUUUGGUAAGGACUUUGAGAGACGGGCACCAGUCAAGGGUGGGUGCACUGGAUUGGAACAACCACAUUUUGACCACAGGUGGAAUGGACGGUCUGAUCAUCAACAAUGACGUCAGAGUGAGAUCACCCAUCGUCGAGACAUACAGAGGGCACAGCCAUGAGGUGUGCGGCUUAAAAUGGUCAGCCUCUGGGCAACAAUUGGCAAGCGGGGGAAACGAUAACCUUGUACACAUAUGGGACCGAUCAUUGACCUCGUCGUCAUCAUCGUCCUCCGCUGGAGGAUUGCUGCACAGAUUUGAUGAGCACACGGCUGCGGUUAAGGCGCUGGCCUGGUGCCCAUUCCAGAGGAACCUGUUGGCAUCAGGCGGUGGCGGGGGUGACAGGUGUAUAAAGCUGUGGAACACACAAACGGGUUCAUGUGUGAACUCAGUUGACACAGGGUCGCAGGUGUGCGCACUCUUGUGGAACAAGAACGAGCGGGAGUUGCUGAGUGCCCACGGGUUCACCCAGAACCAGCUGACUCUAUGGAAAUACCCAUCAAUGGUGAAGAUGGCUGAGCUGAGGGGACACACUUCGAGGGUUCUUUACAUGGCUCAGAGUCCAGAUGGUUGCACGGUUGCAUCUGCGGCUGGGGAUGAAACGCUGAGGUUUUGGAAUGUGUUUGGAACUCCGGAAGUUGCUGCUGCCAAACAGGUUCGCAAGUCUAUUCCUGAGCCAUUCUCUCAUGUCACCAGAAUUCGCUAAAUGGAUCCCCCAAUAAAUUGUUGAUAGGUGAUCCGUCUCCUGAGAUAGUUUGUAAAUUCUUUUAGAAUCAUUCCAUUGUCAAUAAUACUAUAAUAUUUUUCAUCCACUUGCUAGUGGGUAUUUUCUAAAUGGAAGGAAGGGUCUUUUAGGACUUGCAUUUACAGAUUUACUUACGACUUGGUAUUUUGUUGUCCUAUAUAGUUUGGCUAACUUGCAG